AUGACGUCGUUGAGUACAAAUAUUGUUAUUAACGAGCUAUUAUGUUUCUUACAAAACAAAUGUGAUGUGUUGGAUGAAGUAUCCAUAAUUCGUUUGUGUGCUACAUCGUUCAAGACGGAAGAUGUAGAAAAAGCCAAAACAAUCUUGUUUGAUUUUGUUCCAACAGAGAAGGGACGGAAAAUAAUGAGAAAAAGAGAAAACAAGAUCGAAAAAGACCUUCAGGAUAUGAUUAAGGUGUUAAAAGAGUGUGAAUCGGAAUUAUUUCCAAAAUUUGUGGCAUAUGAUCUCUCUAAAUUACCCCCCGUGACGUUUGAUCAUAUCGAUGUAUCUAGAUUUUUAGUUGAUAUUCGAGUUUUACAAGAAGAAUUACAAAAUAUAAAGGUGCAAAUGAGAAAUAAAUGUGAUGAAGAAGUAUUUAAAACAUGCGUUGAACAGUUGAGAUCUGAAAUCGUUACUCAAAAGGUUUGCGAAUCGAGUAAGAACAAAGCGCUUCAACCGUUGCCGGUUUCAAAUUCGAAUCGUGAGCGUCAUGCGCGGGUUGUUGACCCCGGCCCGGUGGAUACCUUGAGUGUAAGUACGAGUAAUAGAAUUGAGAAUGUGUCAUUACAAGCUUCGCAUCAGCAUGAGCCUAAGAAAAAUGCAACAUACGCUUCCAUGACAGCUAUUACAUCACCUGAGCCGCGUUCAUUGCUAAAAAAGCACACAGAACAUUCAAAUAAAAUUGAAGAAAAUCCCAACCCGUGGAUCAAUGUAACAUAUAAGAAAAAUACUAACAGAUUUCAAGGGAAGUUAGGUAUAGGAAAAGUGGAAACGGCGAGCACUUUUAAAUCAGCUGAUAUUAAAGUUCCUUUGUAUAUCUCGAACGUUGAUAAAAAUACAAGUGAACGGGAUAUAUGCGAAUACGUGCAGAGUAAAACUCAAGAAAAAAUAACUAUUCAAAAGUUAACAAUGAAAGAGGAUAAACAAUAUUGUUCAUAUAAAAUCUUUGUAUCAAGAAAUAAAUUAGAUUUAUAUUUGAAUAGUGAUAUAUGGCCAGAAGAUUACCUGUCAGUGGUCACCCAUCCGAUGGACCUGGGAACAGUGCAGCAGAAGCUGGCGGAGGCGCAGUACUCGCACGCGUCGCAGCUGGCGGCCGACGUGAGGCUCGUCUUCGCCAACAGCCGGCUGUACAACACCAAUAAGAGGAGUCGGAUCUACUCGAUGACAGUGCGGCUGUCGUCGCUGUUCGAGGCGCUGUGGGCGCGCAUGCCGGUGGAGGCGCGCAGCACGCGGCGCGCGCGCCCGCGCCGCGCCCGCGCGCGCACGCGGCGCAAGCCCGCGGGUCAGUCCGCCCCCGCGCCGGCUGCGGCUGCGGCUGCGGCGGGCGAGGGCGCGCGCGCGUCGUCGUGCAGCUCGUCGGAGCCGCUGGCGGAGACGUCGCGGCGCGUGCACGCGCGCGCCGCCGCCGACGACUCCUGGGACAGCGACGUGCCGCUCACUUCGCAUAGGAAAGGUAAAGGCGUAGGGAAGAAAAGUAAAAGCGCCGCGUCAGCAUCCUCCAGCAGUCGACCGCCACCUGAAAACUACACAGUAACGAGUAAUGGUAUAGCGUCGGACUCUGAUGAAGAGAACCGGCGACCUGCGGCCAAUGAUUCUGCCUCCGAUACUAGCGCGUACUCGCGGAUAGAGGUCGUGGAGGAAGAGUUGGCAGAGGAUGAGGUAGAAUUAGAGUACGAGCCACAGCCUUCGACGCAGGCACAUCGGACUAGAAACGGGCCACAGAGGGCGACGCGCGCGGGCGCAGUGCGCAAGCGCAAGCGGCGGCGCCUGCGCAGCUCCGCCAGCAGCGGCGCCUCCAAGCCGCACAAACGGAUACGAGAACGUUUCUCGGAGGGUAGCUGGUCGUCGUCCACGUCGGGGUCCGCGUCGGGGUCGCGCUGGGGCUCCGGCUCGGGUUCGGGGCGCCGCCGGUACGAGUCGGACCGCUCCUACCGCCCCGCCGCCUACUCCAGCGACGAGGACGCGCCCCUGCUCAUGUACAGGCAAAGGCAGGGUGAGGAUGAUGAAGCAGGACCGUCUCGAGUAACACAUAAUUCGCACAGGGCGGGCGGCGCGGCGGCGGGCGGCGCGGGCGUGUCGCUGCGGCGGCGCGGCUCCCCGCGGCGCUACAACGAGGACAGCGAGGAGGACUCGGUGGCGGCCAUCAGCAAGCGCCUGCCGCACCACCACCGCCGCCACCACCACCACCAGCAGGCGCUGCUCGCGCGCCGCAGGCACCACGCCCAGGGCUCCGCCAACGUGGGCGUGCUGCCGGCGAGCGCGUCGAGCGCGGCCAACGCUGCCACGAACGAUCACAACUACUUCAACGGACACGCACCUAGACACAAUGGUGCCGGCAUGUCUUCAGGGUCCGGGGGCUCCGGUCCGGUGUCGAUAUCAUCUCGAGGCCGCGUAAGGAAGCUGACGGCCAAAGCCCGAGGGCUCCUGCGUCAC